UGUUUUCUAAGUUCAUUUGAAUUCAAGUAACCUCCAUUAACCACCCAUAAUUGAUCACGUUUUUCCCUCUUCUUUAUGGUUCAUCCACGAAUUUUCAACUUCCUCUUAGCCCACGAUUUAGCAACUGUUUUUCCCUCUCUUUUUCAGUUUUUUUCAAUCUUAUUUAUAAGAUGGCAAUCACUCGUUCAUCAUCAUCCCCUUCUCCAGUUCUCAAACAGAAAUCAAAAAUGGGCAAGAAAUCGUUGGCCAACAAAUCCAAGGGUAAACGCCCAAUCAUUGAAGAUUAUGAUUCUGAUUUUGAAGCUCCAAUGCCCAAACGUGGGAGACCCCAUUCUUCGAAGAAAACGAAGCUCAACUUGGAGGAGCACACGGUUCCAGAAAUUUCUGGGAAAAAAACUAUUGCACAUGCUGAAGAUCGGACUCAGGUUUGGGACUGUAAAUUUAGUCCUUCUGAUUUUUACAGAUCUAAGUGUGUAUGCACCAGUGUUUAUUCCGUGAUAGAUAAUAUUAAGAACACUUUAUCUGUUAAUUUGCUUUCUUUGUUUCGUCAAACUCAGUUUGGGCAUUUUCUGGAUAUGCCUGAGUUUGUUUUUCAUCCGCAAGUCGUACAUAGUCUAUUACUAAGGGAAGUUUUCCAGGCCAAUCCUAAAGAGUUUUGGGCUAAGGUUGCUGGCUGUUGCAUACGGUUUAGUGCCGAAGAAUUUUACCUGAUUUUUGGUUUAGAUUGUUUCGGUGAUUGCAACAAGUUGUUGUUUUCACAGGAAACAAAUCAAUUGGUAGAAACAUGUUUCCGUGGUGUAAAAACUAUUGACCACAAAGCCAUCGAGGAUGCUUUUUUGGGUAGUCGGUGGGGUUUGGAUGAGUCUAUUGGUUUGAAAAUGGCUGUUUUGUAUUUCAUUCAGUGUUUUCUUCUUAGCAAUACUCCUGACAAAGAAGUGUCUAGGUUUGUUCUAGAUGUAGUUGAUAGCGGUCGGUGGGAUGAGUAUUGUUGGGGUAGGGAAUCAUUUGAAUUGACAAUUGACUCAUUCAAAGGUAGGAUCCAGCAUGGGAUCAUUAUGAAAAAUAGAAAGGCAGAGAAGGGAGGCCAAUAUGAUGGCUGGUAUAGGGCAUUGGGAUGUCCUUGGGUUUUCACGGUUUGGUUUUAUGAAUGCUGUCCUGCAAUGGUGAACUCUUUCUGUAAGAGAGUUUCAUCUUCUAUUCCAAGGAUUCUGAACUGGAGCAACACCAUCGUCACCAAAAAUCCAACCCUUCGAGACUUGAAGGGCAAGAUUUUUGAUUUACCUUUGGAGAAGGUAAUUUACAGUUUCUUUACUGUUUCUUUUCAGUUUUAUUUAUGUUGUUAAUUUUUGGUUUUUCCAAUUGUUUUAAUUUUUUUCAUAUUAUGUUUGAUUAUGCUGUUCAGUUGAAGAUAAAAAACAUGCGUCCUACUGAUGAAGAGAGGCAGUAGCUUCAACUUGACGGUUUAUUUCUUGAUGAAUCUAUUGAUGACUGUGGUGUAGCGAAGCAAUCCUUCGAGGGUGGGUCAUCUUCAAAGAAGUCUGAUUCAGCAGAUAUUGAUUGGACGAAAUCUAAGCUGGAGAUGGUCAUUUCGAAUCAAUCAUCAUUGGCCGAGGACUUCAUUUCAUUGAGGUGUUUUGUUGAUUUUAAUUUCAAGUCCGUAAUGACUGUAAUUAAGGAUAUCCAGGAGAAGGUUAAUGCCAUUCAUCGUCGUCCUUCUGAUGAGGUAUUUAUUCUUAUUUUAUUGUUUAGGUUUUUUUCAUAUUUUUUUUUUUAAAGUUUCUUUACUGUUUUAUUUAAGUUUCAUUUAUGUUGGUUGAUACAGGGAAAGUCAUCGGAUGAAUUAGUAACUCAAGAUUCUGAUGAUGAUGCUGAUGAUGAUGAUGAUGAUGAUGCCGAGGAUGAUGAGAAGCAAUUGCCUGAUCCAGAAAAUAUUGAUUCCGACUCCGACGAUGGUGGUGAGUUGGUUAAAGUUGGUGGGGAUGCUGAUGAUGCUGACAAGGUUGUUACUGCUGUUCCUUCUGCUGAUGUGAAUCCAUCUGAGGCUGUUGGAGGGAGUGAUAAAAAUGUUAAGGAUGUUGAGAAGCCGAAGGGCGAUGAGUCUUGAUUGAAGGGGGACGAUUUCUUUGAUGGGUUGAGCUAGCUUGAAAUAGAUGAUGAUCAAGUUGUGUUGGCUGGCUUGGAGGCUGUUGGUAAAAUCCAUGUAAGUUUACUUUUAAUUGUUUUCAAGAAAACUAGGUUUCUUUUUGGUUGCUCAUUAGUUUCUAGUAUGUUUUGCAACUGUUUUAAUGCAUUCUUUCUUUUUUAGGUCCCCGCACCCAAUCCAGAUGUUGUUGGUGAAAAGUCAGAUGCCCUUCAUACUGAUGAAGAAACUGAGGACACUGUCUCUGAUACACCUCUGUUGGAUAAGAGAAAGCGUGCUCCGGCCUUGAAAUCUCCAUUUGUUGAUUUCGGGUCUGCUGAUGUCGGGAGCACUCCAAUGGAGCUUAUGUCCUCAGGUUCUCAAUCAGCUGGGGAUGAUAGGGAUUUCAAAAUGGUGACUUAUGUGAAGGGCCUUUAUGCUCUUAAUGAUGCUUUUGCUGAUCCCGUAUCUACCGAGAUUGAGGCAAAAUUUGACGCUUGGAUUGGUGAAGGAUUGCUUAAACAUCCUAGGUGACUGUUUUUAUUAAAUCUGUUUUUAUAUUAUGUUUUUUUUUCAGUUUUAUUCCUGUUUUAAUGCUAUUUUUUUCUGUUUUUUUGUUGUUGUAAGCAUUAUAAUUGUUAUGAAGACGGCGCAAAGAAAUUUACCCCGGGUUUUAGGCCAGGUGUUGAUUAUGUUGAGGAUAAAACUUGGUUUUAUUAUUUGUCCACAUGCGACAUGUUUAUGAACGACUCGGUAAAGUUUCCAAUUUAUAUUGUACUUAUGAUAGUUUGUUUUCAGUUGCUUUAUAAAUGUUUUUUAGUUUUGAUACUGCAUUUCAGUUUUUUUACAGUUGUUCAACCUUUUCAUUUGUGUUUCUGUGUUGUUUUUUUUCUCAGCAUAUAAACACCAUAUUCUAUUACCUUCGAAAAAAAGGUAAAUAUUCUUCUGCUGUGACGUUGAAUUUCGCAACUACUGAUUGUCGGUUUGAUGAUUCCAUCCAAGCAUUGUACCACAAAUAUAACAAGGCCAAGUCAAUGAAGACUAAGAUGUCACACAUUCACGCUGCCCACCCAAUAGCGCAUUACAUCCGAGGUAUGCGCAUUCCCUGUUCCAAGCCUUGGUAUGAAGCCGAUCAUGUGCUAUUCAUCAUCAAUUUAAGAAGGGAAAGUCAUUGGGUUUUUGGGCGUCUUGACUUGAACAAAGGGACGUUGUUUCUGUACAAUUCUUUGAGGACCGCGAAGAUGAAUGCUGCAGCUAGGAAUGCGAUGAAGGCUUAUUCCGUGUUGCUGCCUUUGUUUUUCGAUUUACUUGGGUUUUGGAAGAAUAGAGCACAAGCUCCUGCCUCAGUUUCUGACCCUACAGCUCCAUUCAGAAUCGUGGAGCUUAGUGGUCUUGCGUCUCAGCAGAAGAAGUGAGUGUUUCUUUUAAGUUUCUUUUAUGUUGUUUUUUAGUUUCUAAACUGUUUACUUCUUCUUUCUGUUUUUUAUAGUGAUUGCGGGGCAUAUGUUGCUACCUUUGCUGAAUUCUUUAUCCAUGGAAAGGAUGUCCCUGCAGACUUUGACAUCGAAGUUUAUCGUACCCGACUUGCUUCACUUUUCUUCUCGUACGGCCAAAGGAAAAUUGACGAAAGCAUUGACAGCGAGGAUGAGAAGCAAAGCAAGUCUUCUAAGGCUUCUAAAUUGAAGAAAUAGAAUCUUUUAAUUUGGUGGCUCUUUUCUGUUAUUUGUUGAAUCUAUUACCAGACAAUUUUUAGUGUUGUUGUUUCAAUGUAGGUAUUAUAUUUGAUUUUAUACUAUGUACCUGGUUUAAAACUUUUAGGAUAUUUGACAUUUACUCCUUAUAAUAUCUUUAUUGUAUAGGUUUGUAUUUCCCAAA